AGAGAUUCCUUUUCUAUUACAUAUCGUCAAUGCUUGGGGUCAGCUUCUUCACCAGUCCAACCUUCCGACAAGUAGCAAGGAGGUCAGACAAGUUCGACGUCUGAAUUUCGUUUAUCACCGGAGAAACAAUUCAGGAGCAACGAAAUAGACCUCAAUCACCAUCUCCGGAGCCUCCUCCAGUAGAGCCAUAUUCAAGGGAUGGCCCUGAAACCUGACUCUGCUGAAUGUCCAAGGAAGCAACAGACAUCCGAAACGACAGAAGACGGCACACGGCCAAGCGAACAAUCAAAGCGUCCGGUCUAUCAGCUAAGCAAACGAGGCUACGACAAUCUUUUGAUAUUCUUGACGACAUUGCUCAUUUUUGAAGAAACCGGUGUUCCCUACAUCCUUCGAAAGGACUGUGCGGUCGAUCCCGACACUCCGAAGCGGCUUCGUCUGCGCCUCCUUCUGUUCACAUCAGUCAACGAGAGCUUCCUUGUGGCGCUGUUGUUCUUCGCAUUUGGUCAACUUGACCAGCGAAUAUUCUCAGUCACAAUCUCUUCUCCUGCGAAGCCGACUGCAUGGGUUUCCUCGACAGGCCUGAAAAAACUCGUACCAGCAAUCGCGUCGAAGGUUCUUCUCGAAAUGAUUCAGUUCGCAGUGCCAUCCUCGGUCGAAGAUUCGCGGCUUCAAGCAUCAGUCGUCAAUCCCAUCGUGUUCUUCCCCGUCCUGCUCUUGACCUUUGACUUCACCGUGUCGAUUCUCAUGGAUCAGCUUGGAACUUCAAGGAUCACGGCGUACUUUGAGCAGUUCAGGAUGGAACGCAAGAUCCUCGUCCCCAUAUAUUGGUUGUUACUUACGGAAGUGGAUUUCUUGGUCCGCUCACUGUUUCCGACCAAUGUUCUGUCAAUAUCAGCUUUCCGAGCCGCGGAUAUCCCCAAAUAUUUCUUCGCCUACAUUUGGGGCCGCCUGUCGGUCUCAACUGGCGACAUCUACAUCCUUGCGAUUACGCCGGUCUUGCAGCUACCAGUCAUCUCCAUGGCCCUCAGUGUGCUGUUCAGCAACCUUGCCUUGCUGGACUUACUUUCUGCGGCGAUUCCCAACCUCGCGAAAAACGACGUCGUCUCUGAAAGCGUCGAGGGUGCUCUGCGAAAGAUGGCGGGGGGCUUCACGUUCCACGCGGUCAUGUAUAGCGUCUGGAGGAAUCUCAGCUUCGCAAGCAUUGCGCCCACGCUUCUGGCCACAUUUGUCGAACGGACGGAUCAGGAUUUUUGGGUCACCAUCCCUGGUAUGGGGCGGAGACUGCUGAAGAAAUAUGCAUACGCUGCAUUCUUGCUCUAUAUGCCUCUCAGCAGACUCGUGCAAGUUGGCACUGACGCCAUCAACGCGAGGGUGUUGGGAGGAGUUGAAGUCGUUCACCUUCUCGAAACACACAGCCCCAUCGGCUCGGCGCUGGUGAUUGUAUUCUUUGGGAGCCUGAACACGAUUCUGGCGUGGACCGUUGGAUGUAUGGUGGUGGAAUGCAUACCAUAUGCAAGCCAGAUUCUGUGACAGGGUCAUGAUCUCUGUCUGUGUGCCAGUCAGGGUACCAGGAUCAGUACCAGAUCCGGUAUGGGGAAUCGGUGCGGGCCCGGUGCAAGAGCUAGGGCUGGUGAUGGGGCGUCGAGUGUCGAGCGUUCAGCGCUUGGACCACCGCCCUAUGGACCCAGGCGUCGGUAGACCGGUGUAGAGCGCAUGCUGAUUUCAUCGUCGGCGCUCCUCCUCACAGGUACGAGGCAAGCAGGGCAUGCCCAGUUCAAAACGUG